GUCUUUGCUUCUGUGCAUGUUCUCCCCUUGUGUGUGGGUUUCCUCUUGGUUCUCAGAUUAACCGAUUCAAUUCAAUUGUUUUUAUACGAACUUUAGGCGCAAGGGCUCAUGGGAAAAGCUUUUGUAGCGAACACAAAAUGGCCUCGCUUCGGCGUUUCCAUGGUAACUGUUUGGCAACCACCAACAUGGCGAGUGAAACGCACGCGUUUGCUCAAACCUUCUCAUUUAAUCUGCUUCCCAACAGAAAGUUCACUAUCCUGGAAGAUACGCGGAUAUUGGAACUGUUGAUGAAAUGGUCCAUGUUGGGGAGAAUUUCCAUCCAGGCCUUUAACUUUGACCAGGUCUUUCAGUCUUACAUGAAGAAUGACUUUGUUCUGGACCCUUGUGUGAAAAACAACUUGCUUGUGUUGGACAGUUCGGGCGUAUGGAAACCUCUGGGCAGAGAUGUUACACAUGUGGACGUGGAACUUGUUCCAUGCACUAAAGUGUCUCUGAACAUAUUUGAUCCAAUCUUCUCCAGUGAAAUUGUGCAUCCUUCUGGUCACAUUGCCAAAUGUUUCCAUGAAGUACAUCUUGACUUCGAUGAGUUGCGGAUGAUGCUUCUUGAAGAGGAGUCUCAUAACUAUCACGUGGUCAGUCCAUGUGACCGUCAGGAGUUCCUGUUUAGGCUGUUUAAGCACAUCGUACUGGGUGGUGAAAUCUGCCAGUAUGAGGACUUCGUCAGUCCCUACAUUGAAACUGCAAAAACAAUGUAUAAAGAUUUGGUGAGUGUUCAGAAAGAUUCUGAAACAAAGAUGAUCAGCAUCGUAUCAACUAUAUUGAAAGUCUCUGCCUACGAUGAUUAUGGUUUGUGUUAUCCCUCUGGAAGAGACAACGAGCAGACAUUCGCCUAUCUGUGCAUUGAUCCUUUCAAAAGACACGUGUAUGUCUUGUACCACAGUUUUGGCAUCGGCAAGUUUUCUAAUAAUGCUGUUCUGUGCUCUUGAACAAUUUAUUAGGGUUUUUUUCUUUCUUGUACUCUUUUUUUUUUUGUCAAUAAUUGUCAUUCAUUUUUAAUUAUUAAAGCUCUCUAAAUGAA